UCACUCACUCACUCACUCACUCACUCUCAGUGCAGGAAAAUGGCAGAGUCCAGUAUUUCAGUACAUUUUUCUGUGGAUCACUUCAGCUGUCCAGUGUGUCUGGAUCUCCUGAAUGAUCCAGUGGCUACGUCCUGUGGUCACAGUUUCUGUAAGGUGUGUAUUAAUGGCUUCUGGGAUCAGGAGGAUGUGAAGGGCGUCUACAGCUGUCCUCAGUGUAGAGAGACUUUCACUCCAAGGCCUGUUCUACGCAGGAACAACAUGCUGGCUGAAGUGGUGAAGAAACUGAAGAAGACUGAACUCCAAGCUGCCUCUCCUGCUCACUUUUAUGCUGGACAUGGAGAUGUGGAGUGUGAUUCCUGCAUAGGGAGAAAACACAAAGCCGUCAAGUCCUGUCUGGUUUGUCAGGCCUCCUAUUGUGAAGAGCAUCUUAAACCUCACUAUCAGUCUCCUGCCUUUAAGAAGCACAAGUUAGUUGAAGCCUGUGCAGAGCUCCAAGAGAAGAUCUGCUCUGAACAUGACAAACUGAUGGAGAUCUACUGUCGUACUGACCAAAGCUUCAUCUGUUACUUGUGUAUGAUGGAUCAACAUAAAGGUCAUGAUACAGUUUCAGCUAAAACAGAAAGAACUAAAAAACAGAGUUUCCUGUCUCUCUGUGUUUCUCCUGGAUGUGACGACUUACCCAGCUUCACUGUUAAUCAACAUCUCUCAGUUGAUGGAGAGAGGAAAUCUCUCUCAGAUCUGAAAAAACAAGUGAAGCAAAUCUGUGAGGAGAAAUUCAGCAAAAUCAGACCACAAGCUGCAGCAGUUCAGAUGAUUUUACCUUCAGAACCAAAGAGUAGAGAAGAUUUUCUGCAGUAUUUCUGCUAUCUGACUCUGGAUCCAAACACAGCACAUCAUCAACUCAUUCUGUCUGAGAAGAACAGAGUGGUGACAUGCAGUGAGACACAACAGCGAUACUAUGAUCAUCCAGAGAGAUUUGACUCCUUGCCUCAGGUGUUGUGUAAGGAGAGUGUGUGGGGACGCUGUUACUGGGAGGUGGAGAGGAGCGGUUAUGUGGACAUAUCAGUGUCAUAUAAAGAGAUCAGCAGGAAAGGACAGGGUAUUGAGUUUUUGUUUGGACACAACAGUCAGUCCUGGAGUAUGUGGUGUUCUUCUUCCCCUGUCUCUUUCUGGCACAACAACAUCAAGACUGCGCUCCGAGGUCCAUCAUCCUCCAGAAUAGGAGUGUAUGUGGAUCACAGUGCAGGAACUCUGUCAUUCUACAGCGUCUCUGACACCAUGAGGCUCCUCCACAGAAUCCACACCACAUUCACUCAGCCUCUAUACGCUGGAGUCCUGAUGUGGAGUUAUAACUCAUCUGUGAGGUUUUGUGAUCCAAAAUAAAAUGUUAGUAAAAGUGUUUAUAAAAACUAUAAGUGAGAUGUGAGAUUUAAUUUGUCCCUGAGCUACAGUGUGCAGAAACUGGAACAGUAAUGCAGAAUGUAGAAACAGACUAUUUAACUGUAUGCACUAUUACGAUGGGUUUAUUAUAGUUGAUAUAAAAUGUUCAAUGUCUCCUCAGAAAUAAUAAACUUUACUCAAACUG